UUGAUUCUUUUUGCUAAUAUAUAUAUGAGAGAGAGAGAGAGAGAGGUGAUGAAAAGACUUUUGAUUGGUUUUGAUAUAUAGUGGAGUAAAGUUUUUCUUUUUUUCGCUUAUAAUGUUUUUAGGGGUGAUAUUUCCCUUACCAAUAAGUUGAUUAUCUAAAAGCUGAAUUCUACUUUUUUAUUAUCAGUUUUAACCUAUAAUAAACUGCACCAAACAAGACCCAAGUGAGUAUUUCGGAUUUAUUUUUUUAGUAUUUUUUUGAUUUUUAGUAUAAAAAAAAUUAUUUAAAUUCAUACAAAAAUUAUACUUUUACAUUCCACUUGACUAGAAAAAUGAAAAAAGUAAAAAUAAAAUUUUAAAAUGUCUAAUAAAGAUGAAAAUUUUGACUUUUUGUACUUUAAGAAAUAAAAUUAUUUAAGUACUUUUUUUCUUAAACAAAAUUUAGAGUCCCCACUAUCACAGGGGUGAGUUUGGCAUCUAAUUAAAAAAAAAAAAAAACACAUUUUAGCUAUAAAACAAAAAGAUCAUAUUUUUAUCAUUUUUAGUUAUUGCUAUAGUAUCUUCAUAUAUUAAUUUAGGAAAAAUUACCCAAAAAUUCCGUUUGGGAAAAUGUUGGUUUAUUUAAUCAUGGAAGUUUUUUUUCAAGCCAAUUAGUCUUUUUAUUUAUGGUAGAUUGUGGAGUUUACUUGUUUACCCUUAAAUGUUAUUUUAGUUGUGAUUUUUUCCUAAUGUUUGGGUGGGUUGGUGGUAUGGUGUUAAUUUUUUCAUAAUUUUGAAAGAAAACUUCCAAGACUAAAUAGAGAAAUAUUUUCCCAAAUGAAAUUUUUGAAUAAUUUUUCCAUAAAGUUAUAAAAGGCAUAUUAUAUACGUUGUAACAUUUACCUUUUGGCAAAUGGUAAUCUUGUGUUGUGUUGUGUUGUUUUUGAUAAACUUGCGUGAACUUAAAGGUAAGUCUUAUGGACCAACCAUUUCUCUUAUUAAAUAUUUACUAUUAUUAUUAUUAUGUUGACUAUAUGAAAGCUACUCCAAAAAAAUAAAAUAAAAAUAAAAAUAAAACUUAUGAAAGUUGCUUUAAGAGAAUUUAAUGUUCUUAUAAUGCCGUGGUUUUGGCUAGGUCGACCCUAUUUAUUUCAGCCGACUAAGGAGUGUUUGUUACACCUUAAAUGAUGAUUUAUUUUAAUUGAAAAGUUUGUAUUAGAUUGUUUAGUGUAAUUUUUAUUUAUAUUUUAUUAGGUGAACAUAGUUUAAAUAAGUUGAUUAUCUAAAAGUUGAAUUCUACUUUUUUAUUAUCAGUUUUAACCUAUAAUAAACUGGACCAAACAAGACCCAAGGGAAUAUUUUGGAUUUAUUUUUUUAGAUUUAUUUUUUUGAUUUUUAGUAUAAAAAAAAAUCAUUUAAAUUCAUACAAAAAUUAUACUUUUACAUUCCACUUGACUAGAAAAAUGAAAAAAAGUAAAAAUAAAAUUUAGAAUGUCUACUAAAGAUGAAAAUUUUGACCUUUUGUACUUUAUGAAAUAAAAUUAUUUAAGUACUUUUUUCUUAAACAAAAUUUAGAGUCCCGACUAUCAUAGGGGUGAGUUUGGCAUCUAAUUAAAAAUAACAAAAAAACACACAUUUUAUCUAUAAAAAAAAAAGAUCAUAUUUUUAUCAUUUUUAGUUAUUGCUAAAAUAUCUUCAUAUAUUACAUUAGGAAAAAUUAUCCAAAAAUUCCAUUUGGGAAAAUGUUGCUCUAUUUAAUCCUGAAAGUUUUCUUUCAAACCAAUUAGUCUUUUUAUUUAUGCUAUAUUGUGGAGUUUACUUGUUUACCUUAUGGUGUUAAUUUUUCCGUAAAGCCCAGAAACUUCUGCUCUCUCUCUAGCCAAGAAACUUCUCCUCUCUCUCUCUAAAGAUAUAUAACCAUCUCUACAUCUCUCUCUUUUUUCUCAAGAAACAAACAAACAAUGGAUCAGAAAGUUCUUCAAUUAGAAACUCAAAAAAUCACAAACCCAACAACUCUCUCGUAAUGGAUUGUGCAAGCGCACUCAACGACUCUUUCGAGCUCAAAUCCAUCGAAUGCCAACUUCACUCCGCCAUUUCUUCUAGAACCCUCUCCAUUUCUCGCUUAUCCGAUCACCACCACCCGCCAUCACUUUCGCCGCCGCAACAACCUCCACAACCCAUCUCCAAAAAAUCCUCAAAAUUUUCUCGUUCGUUUCACAAACUUCUUCAAUCCAUUUUUGGCCCCAAAACAAGUGAAAUCAGGAUCGCAAGACCCAUUUUUUGCUAUUUUUGAUGGGUCAUGCCCGCUUUCAACCAUUCCAGAAGUGUCAAAGAGUGGCAACGGAAUUUUGCUGGAGUUAAGUUGAUGGCGGCGGCAGCGGUGAUAAAAAAGUUAGCCUUUGAGCAGUUCACCGUCACCACUUCAAAUGAACUAAACCCCUCUCUCUCUCUCAUAGCAACCAUUGCAGCAGAACCAUCAUCAAAUGAGGCCAACAUUUUGGCCUUAGUGAGCUCUCAACCCUCUCCGACUCCAAUUGCGCCGCCAUUGGAGGACUCUGCUGGAAAAGAAAACCAUGAGAGCCUCUCACAGUCUCAAUCCGCCAAGAAAACUAAGAAAGCAGGGAUGAAAGCAAAACAACAACAACAACAAAAUCAAUCAUUUGAGAAGGAGUUGCAAGAAAUGCACGAAAAGCUUUAACAUUUGAGGAUCGAGAAGGAGCGAACUGAGGAGCUAUUGAAGGUAAGAGAGGAGACUUUGAA